AUGCAACAGGUGGUCCCUCUCCUCCAAGGCAAGAUCUCCUUAUUCGUACCCGAGCUUCCCGGAUACGGUACCUCAACACCUAUCCGCGACCCGGCGUCUAACACCAAACGAUCCGUGGGCACCGCUUUACUGGAGGCUCUCGCCGACGUCUUCAAGACCAAAUCGGCCGCUUCUCCAAGACGGAUCAUCCUAGGUGGCCACGACCGUGGUGCACGAAUCAGCCAUCGUCUCUCAGUCGACUUCUCGCACCCGCAUCAGUCCUCACCCACCCUCUACAAGGACUGGAACCUGACGGUCCUCGGCACAAUCCUGCUCGACAUAGUCCCGACCAAGGAACAAUGGACCGCUUUCUCCGACCCGGCCAUAAGCCAGGGAUACUUCCACUGGCCACUCCUGGCAAACGCGGAUCUGGCGACGGAGAUGAUCUCCGCGUUCGGCGGCGCCAACUGGGCCAAGGGUGCACACACACGCAUCUCCGGCCCAAACCCGAAAUCGCUGGAAAGAAUCAUUUCGCAAAACGCGCUCGACGUCUACGGCGGCCUAUUCAGCGAGAGAGAAACCAUCUACUACUCCUGUCUUGACUACGCGGCCGGCGCGGCGCCCGAAGCCACAGAGCAGGACGAGGACCAGAAGGCCGGCAGAAAAGUCGGCGUACCCUUGCUUGUCAUGUUUAGUAAAGCCAAACUGGGGGCGCGCAUUGACGUCCAGGGCGUGUGGAAAGGGUGGGUGGCUGAAGGUGUGGAUUAUGAGGGAUACGGCGUGGGUGACGGGUAUGGGCAUUAUUUACCUGAAGAGGCCUUUGAGGUCGUGGCAGAGAAGGUUUCGGCGUUUAUCAAAAAGGUGACUUGA